AUGACUGAUCCUAUUCAUGGGACUCAACACAUCGACCACAGCUCUCGGUCUUCGUCUUUCGCCGAAGUCAGCUCGUCAAGCUCGUACACCGGAUUCCCCCUCGAAGCGUUUGGGGAUAUUCCUCCUCGACAAACUCCAUGCAUGGUUGCGUGUACAUCGACGUGCAUUGACAGCCUUGCUCGGUCAAGGAUUAUUGCUGUAAUGGCACUGAACAUCUUUGUCUAUGAGACUACUCUCAAUGCUCAUCGUGACACAUGGGUCUGCCCCUUCUCCAAUUGCAAGCAAUCAUUUCCGGAUCCCAAGGCUAUGUUGUCUCAUGCGGCAAAAUGUACUCAUGUUUCCGCCAACGGCGCCUACUGUAACUGCUGCGGUUGUUACUACGACUUCCCUGGCCAGCGUCCCGCUUGUUUGACAAGAGACGGUGACACCGCGCCUUCGAUUGCCAAAGACUCUGCUAUGACAAAGGGAAAACGGAAGAUUCAAGACUUCCUGUCCCGUCGCUCUGGGUCAGCAUCUUCCUCCCAGGAACAGCUGCCUAACCUCAACGCAUGUAAUGCGUACCCGUUCUUCGGCCUGGAGUGGCAGAUGGAUCCCAUGCCUGCUUCUCGAAAAGCGUCUGCAUUUUCAGAAAUCAGUACUACGGGUCUUUCUCUCGGCCACAAAUCUGGCCAUGGUCCUGCAGAGCUCUGUGCUGAUCCUCCAAUCGUCGAGAUUGGUAACUCCAGCAUCCUUCCAGGUCACUCUAGCUUCCCAUCAGACACAGACUCGCACAUGCGACAACGUCUGACUAAGUCAACAGUCUCUACGCUGUCUAUGACCGGCUACAUGGGGGCGACUGUUCCAGAUUUUGGCGAUAUUUACUCACCCUUGAACAUGGAUGUUCCGCUGAUUGAGGCCAAAUCGUUUGACUUUGGUCAAUUUACUGUCCCAUCAGAAGAAUCGCAAGGUCUCAUGGUCAAUGUGCCCAACUUUUCACGUCCACGGUUGCCCUUAUCAUCCGGACAAAGUGGCCAGGCUUCGCCCUCUGGCAGCCACAAUGCGCAUCAGCGGGUAGAUGCCAUACCUACAGCCAUGGCUCAUGACCAACAUCACCAUGGAGAAUUCUUUGGGCUCCCCGAUCUUCCCGCGGAAGAUCAGUACUACUUCGAUGUAGGAAUUGCACACGACAAUGCGCAGUCCCUUCAAAUUCAAGAAGCAGUGUUAGUGACAAACGCUGCACCAGUUCGACUUUCACCACGGCUCCCUGUCUUUAAUCCGGAAGACGAUGGAGACAUCAGUUGCCCGGCGUGUGAUUACAGGCCAAAAGGUGCAAAGGCGUACAGAAAAGCCAAUUUUAAUAAGCACUGGAAGAACAAACACGAGGAGACGUUGCCUUGGAUUUGCGAAUGUGGGAGAACAUGUAAAAGGAGGGAUAAUCUCUUGGUUCACCAGCGCAACGUCUGCGGCAAACCCAAGGUCCGGCGGCGGCCGAGGUAUCGGAGAAGAAAGUCUGUUGGACGGUCUGGACAAAUGGGAAGACCUCUACUUGCUGUUGCUCAAUGA